UAUGUAGAACGAAAAAUGAUCGCCGCAACGAAAAAUUUGUUCACGCUGUUAUUAAUUUUGGAGACACUUUAUUUGUCGGCAUCCGAUUAUAAUCGGACGAAAUUGCCCCUCUGUCCUUUGGUUGAGGAUAAUUGCUAUUAUUCGCAACCCAGUAAAUUUUAUAAGUGCUUCUGCAAAUCGACCGGAGAGGACGCAAUAUUAGAACGCAACACACGCACUGGCUUUUUGAAUCUGUACGACAGCACUAAUGGUGCGCUAAUUUGCCCCCGGAAAAAAAGAGACGAGUGUUCAAAAAGAUGCAACCUUGGAGGUAAAUGCUUGUCAAAUAUCAGGAAGGAUACCUGCGCUUCUAUUUUAGGAAUCACAAUCAAUGGAGAACCGAUCAGUCCAAAUGUUGCAAAUUAUUUAGGUGCAGGUUUGCGUCCAGAUGUGUGUCCAACUGACCUGACCAAGUGCCACCGUUGUACAUACAGGGGCUCUACAUUGCCGUGCUAUUGCCCGACCCUUCAGAAGAACAUCAGCAUCAGAUGCAGUUACCUUGGCUUCCUUGACCUAUUCGACCCCAAUAGCGGCCUUCCUUAUUGCAUGACAAGAAACGUACCAACAGAUUGCUCUAAAAUUUGGUCCAGCAAAUAUUCUUGGUGUCAAGAUCUGUUCUUUGAUUCCCAUUUGUUUACACCUCUUAAUGGUGUCGCAAAUUCAACACCCUGGACAAACCUCAGCAGCAACAACAAUGUUGAUUUAGCUGACUAUCCAGUAUCUGACGGUGUCACAGAGGAGCCUCCCACAGUUAAAGACAACACACUGAUGUUCAUUUACGAGGGCGCAAUCAUUUUUCUGAUUAUGAUAAUCAGCUCCGUCUUAUUUGCACUCCUAGUUAUAUUCUGCUGUUUAAGGAAAUGCGUUGGACCCAGGGAAUAUUGAGGGAUAAGUAUAAAAAAGUAAAAUAGAGGCUUUAUUUAAAAUAGAAUUAAUCUAUACUGAGCAAAAAAUUAUUCAUAUCUUUCAACUUUGAUGCUAUCAGUGGCAAUGUGUCGAUUUUCUUUUUGACUAUUCAUUAAAAAUACAAAAAUUAAUUAAUAUUGCGCAUUGGAAUAACCGUUAUUAAUUAUUUACUAUUAAAUGUUUUGAAAAUAUUGAUAAAAACAUGCUUUUAUUAGGAAAGCAUUAAUUUUUUUUUACAUAAUCAAAACUGUGAAUUAAUAUUGAUUUAGAUUUAGCAGGUGUAUGAACAUAAAAAUAUUUGAAAUCAUUAAAUACUAUGACAUUUUUACAACUGAAUUUAAACCUAAAUAUUAAUUUGACAAAUAAUAUAUAAUUGGUAGAUACUUGAGUUUGAAAAAAAAUCCGUUUCAAAAAGAUUCGCAGCUCUUUUCCACGCGUUUAGAAAUAUAUCUGGAACAAAUUGAAAACGAGGAGCAAAUUGGUGGUGCGCGUCGGCUGGCAGCAAUAAAGUCGCGGCCGAGAAUUUAGUGCGACGCAGGAGGCGAAAUUAACUAUGUGUCCGCGAGAAUAAUUAAUUUACAUUUGGGGCUCAUGUGUGGCCCUGGCUGGUGUCGCGGGGAAGAGGCGUCAACUCGUGAAGAUGCGGCGAGAGGAAGUGGCGCUGAGGCGUGACCACGCACUCCAUAAAGUCUCCGUCGGCACUUUUGAAGGAGCGAAAGGACGAAUGUAAUUAUACGUACCGCACACUGAUUCCGGCUGCCAGCAGAAUCGUCAAAUUGAUCGUGUCAUCUCCUUGUUUCCUCCCUGUCGAAAUUACAUGCAUUCCUCAGCAGACCUAUACUGCGCGGAAGUAAUUUGGUCUUUUAAUUUUAAAACCCUCUUGAGAUAAUGACAAUUUAAA